AAGCACCCAAUAUACAUGUCAGCAAGGCCACACGCCUUUAGUUAGGUGGGACCAUUUGGAUGAUCCCGUCUUUCUAAUGAUAGCUCGGUCAUGUCGGCACCUGCCAUGGGGACCAGCAAAACAACGCACGGUGAUUCGAGUAACAAGAAGAAAAAGGGACCAGGAACGCUGGCCAUCGCAUAUUUGGUCAUCUACAACGUGGUUAUGACAGCAGGAUGGCUGGUCAUUGCUGUUGGUCUCGUUCGAGCAUACCUUGCCAGAGGUAGUUACCAUGGUCUUUAUUACUCGAUAGAGAAGCCCCUGAAAUUCUUUCAGACUGGUGCACUCCUGGAGAUAUUGCAUUGUGCUGUGGGAAUUGUUCCCUCCUCGGUGGUCCUAACUGGGUUCCAAGUGAUGUCACGGGUGUUCCUUACCUGGGCAAUCACACACAGCGUUAGAGAAGUCCAAAGUGAAGACAGUGUCCUGCUCUUCGUGGUGGCCUGGACCAUCACAGAGAUCAUCCGUUACUCUUUUUACACCUUCAGCCUGCUCAACCAUCUGCCUUACCUCAUCAAAUGGGCAAGGUACACAUUUUUUAUUGUGCUGUACCCCAUGGGCGUGGCGGGAGAACUUCUGACGAUCUAUGCUGCACUACCAUACGUGCAGAAAACAGGGCUCUACUCCAUCACCUUGCCUAACAAGUACAACUUCUCCUUUGACUACUACACCUUCCUCAUCCUCAUCAUGAUCUCCUACAUCCCCUUAUUCCCUCAGCUUUACUUCCACAUGAUGCGCCAGAGGAAGAAAGUUCUGGGUCACAUGGAAGAGUACAGCAAAGUGGAAUAACUCGCCCUGCAAAGCUCCACACACAGCAGACUGAUCGCACCGGGAAGGGAAACACGUGGAUAACCUUUAAAAGCCACACUUCACAGAUUUUAUAAACAGAAGAAAAAGCUUUCUUGUUGAUAAACAGGGCAGACAUGAAGAUGAUUGCUAAUGAUACUACUUUGUUGAAGAACUGCUGCAGUUGGUGAUUUUAGGGAUCCUGUAACCACCCCAAUGGCUUUUCCUCAGUUUAGAGGGGAAUGUCAUCACCAUACUACAAUAAUACAUCAGCUACUGUGUGAAGAUUUUGUUCUUUUUCAAUUGUAAUAGAGAAUUACUGACCAAACAUUGUAGCAGAUAGCAUUGACGUAGACAUCCAGAGAAAAUCGCAAGAAAUUCACAUAACUACAACUGGUGUCUUCAACCAGAAGGGAAAUAUCCCAUACUUUUCCUGUGUACUGUGCUUUGUACACUAAAGUCUUAAUAUACUGAUUUAAAUAUCUUUGUCUCACACAGUUAAUUCCUUUCCUUUAUAUUUUAGUAUGUAAAUUUGUUUUGCCUAGAGCACUUUUGGUAAUUCAUAACUCAAACUAUAUAGCAUUUUUCCCACCACUGAUUUCCAGAACACUGCGUACACGUCUAUUGAUAAUGAUUACCGUUAGUAUUUUCUUUAAUUUUUGUUUUGAGCUGUGUUUCUUAAAUGGUCGAUAAAAAUCGAUGCUAAUUCUUUGAACCAUUGUUUGUUGGUUGUUUUGUUCAGUAUUGGAUAUGUAUUGCUGGUUUGUUGCUGUUUGUUCAGAAAAGAGGUGUAUUACCCAAAGUGAAUGGCUGAGUUGCAGGGUCAGACCCAACAGUCACUGCUACCAAUGUACUGGAUGUGCAUUUUUGUCAUAGAAGGAGAUUACAGCCGACACAACUGGAGCUUUAAUGCUGUUGAUGUGGAAGUGUUUGGCUACAGCAGCACACGCCGAGCGGAAGUGAGCACAGGCCUCAACUCCAGGGCCAAUUGGAUUUGAGUGCCUCCAGUCAUGCUUUUCCAAUGAGUCAAAUCUAAUAAUGUGCAGAGGACACUCGAAGUCAAGACAGACUUAACGCUUCAUUGCCCGUCUGCCUAAUUGCCAACAGCAUCAAAACAAGCCAACUCCAGCCUCCCAUUGAAAAGCUUGCAAAUGAACUUCUCUCCCUAAGUGCGAGCCACGUUAUUGCGAAGUUAGAGCGUCUUUGCAAACAAAGUGGUAAGCCUAUUCUCCUUAUCAAGCCUAUUUAAGAAAAGCAUGGGAUGCUUGUGAAAGGCUGAAGUAUACUUUGUAUAACACUGACCGCAUGUAAAAGUGGUAUGGCAAUACCUCUGAUAUUAGUAGCAUGACCCAUAAUUAAAAUGCCUUCAAAAAAUUGAGCUUUUGAUAUAUUGACAUUUUGCAUGGGACCAGCAAAUUUGUAUGAAUAGUAAUACAACGAUAUAUAUUUACAAUAAACCAUAACAUGGGAAGCAAAA